AGUGUUAGGUUAAGUUUGUUUAUUUACGAACAAGAUUUCGAAAAUUAUAUUUAUAAAUAAUAAAAACCAUGGCUGAUAAACAAUCAGAGCCUCCUCCUCCAGUGAAGCGCUACAGGCGUGAGGAAAAGUCCUCAGAGUCCGAGGAAGACAUCGAUAACUAUGAACCCUAUGUGCCAGUGAGAGAACGUAAAAAACAACAAUUGAUGAAGCUAGGGCGCCUCGGUCAGGUCGCCGCUGAAGUCUCCGCGGAGACCAAAAGCUCGAGUGAUAACGAUCCAGACGAUGAGACAUCUCAAGAAGAAUGGGGCCGCCGCUACAACGUCUCACUCUUAGACCAGCACAGCGAGCUCAAGCGGCUAGCCGAGGCCCGCGCUCUGAGCGCAGCGGAGAGACAGGCGAGGGAGGAACAGCAUAUACUAGAGAGUGUAGCGCAGAGUAAAGCUCUUAUGGGUGUUGCUGAAUUAGCUAAGGGUAUCCAAUACGAGGAGCCCAUAAAGACCUCAUGGAAGCCCCCACGCUGCAUAUUGGAGCUGCCUCCGGAACGCCAUGACCGAGUUAGGGAUCAGUUGAGGAUUCUGGUGGAGGGGGAAGAUGUUCCGCCCCCCAUCAGGACCUUCCAGCAUAUGAAGUUUCCUAAAGGCAUCCUCCGAGGUCUAGAAGAGAAGGGCAUAAAGAAACCCACUCCCAUCCAGGUCCAAGGAAUACCAGCGGUGCUGAUGGGGCGCGACAUGAUCGGCAUAGCGUUCACGGGGUCCGGCAAGACCCUCGUGUUCACCCUCCCUCUCCUGCUCAUGUGUUUGGAGCAGGAGAUCAAGAUGCCCUUCAUCAGAAAUGAGGGUCCGUACGGGCUCAUAAUCUGCCCGUCGCGCGAGCUGGCGAAGCAGACACACGAGAUCAUACAGCACUUCGUGAAGCACCUCAAGAUGGCGGGCAUGCCGGAGAUCAGGAGCUGUCUGGCCAUCGGAGGUGUGGCGGUGUCGGAAUGUAUGGAGGUGGUGCAGCGCGGUGUCCACAUCAUGGUGGCCACACCUGGAAGGCUUAUGGACAUGCUAGACAAGAAAAUGGUACGUCUAAACGUGUGCCGCUACCUCUGUAUGGAUGAAGCUGAUCGCAUGAUAGACAUGGGUUUCGAAGAGGACGUCAGAACAAUCUUCUCAUACUUCACAGGACAGAGGCAGACCUUGCUCUUCAGUGCCACAAUGCCUAGGAAAAUACAGAACUUUGCCAGGUCAGCGCUGGUCAAGCCUGUCACUGUCAACGUGGGCCGCGCUGGUGCUGCGUCGCUCAACGUUCGGCAGGAACUGGAGCCUGUAAAGGCCGAAGCGCGUACAGUCCACCUGCUGCAGUGCUUACAGAAGACUCCCCCGCCUGUGCUGGUGUUCGCUGAGAGGAAACAGGAUGUGGACGCCAUACACGAGUAUCUACUGCUUAAAGGUGUGGAAGCAGUGGCGAUACAUGGAGGCAAAGACCAGGAGGAGCGCUCGCGAGCCGUGGACGCCUUCAGGCGAGGGGAGAAAGACGUUCUGGUCGCCACUGACGUCGCCAGCAAAGGUCUGGAUUUCGCCAAUAUUCAGCACGUGAUUAACUACGAUAUGCCGGAAGAUAUCGAGAAUUACGUGCAUCGCAUAGGACGUACAGGGCGUGCUGGCGGCGAGGGUGUGGCGACGACGCUGCUCGGUCGGGCAGCGGAGAGCAGCGUCCUCAAAGACUUGGCACAUUUGCUACGGGAGGCUGGGCAAAAGGUGCCGGGGUUCCUGCUGGACAUGAUCGGCGAGCCCGACGUGCCGGCGCCCGACGGCCAGGGCUGCUCCUACUGCGGCGGCCUGGGGCACAGGAUUACAGAAUGUCCAAAACUGGAGGCGGUGCAAAACAAGCAGGCGUCGAACAUCGGCCGGCGGGACUAUCUCGCCAACACCGCUGCCGACUACUAGUUUCGUAUUUAUUUGGCCCGAUUAUUGUGAUUACCCCCAUAAUUUAUUGUAUCUUCUUCUUCCUGGCGUUAUCCCGGCAUUUUGCCACGGCUCAUGGGAGCCUGGGGUCCGCUUGACAACUAAUCCCAUGAUUUGACGUAGGCACUAGUUUUUACGAAAGCGACUGCCAUCUGACCUUCCAACCCAGAGGGGAAACUAGGCCUUAUUGGGAUUAGUCCGGUUUCCUCGCGAUGUUUUCCUUCACCGAAAAGCGACUGGCAAAUAUCAAAUGAUAUUUCGUACAUAAGUUCCGAAAAACUCAUUGGUACGAGCCAGGGUUUGAACCCGCGACCUCCGGAUUGAAAGUCGCACGCUCUUACCGCUAGGCCACCAGCGCUUGUUUAUUGUAUACGACCAUAAUUCAUUGUAUACGAAAUAUAAUUCCAAUCUCUGCGAACCUUGUAUGUCGAAUUGUCGGAAAUUAUAUGUGACGUUCCACGGCAAAAGGUACUCUAUGGCGGCUGGCGCUUGCGUCGCAUAGCGCCGCAAUAAUAUUGGAGCGGCGUUAAUAAUAGCGUAAGCGCCAACCGCCAUAAGGUAGGUACCUUUACCCACGGGUAUAGGAAAAUAUUUGGACGUCGCAUAUUUUCUUCAGUUACCAAUACUGUUAAAACACUGAUGACUUUAUAAUCUCAACAGGGGCUAUUACUGCAACGUUUCGCCGCCAGAGUGCAGCACUAGCGCCUAUACUAAACCAUAGAGUAACAUACAUACUGUGCUUUAAACUGUUUUUUGACAUGUUUUCACAGACAAUAAAAUAUAUCAAGGCGGUUUGACAAGGGCCUAUCGGGAAACACGAAAAUCGGAAUUUAGUUAAUCUGCCUCUUUAUCGCUCGAAUAUGGCAGUGAUAUAGAGGUUAGAUAACGAAAUUUCGAUUUUCUUGUUUUGCGGUAGAUCCUCAGAUUGUGAUGGAUUGUGUAGUGGCGCCCCCUACGCAGAGUUUCGCGUAAUAUUCCCUAUUCCUUUACCCUAACCUAUAGUUCGCUUUUUUAGCAUUAAAAAGAACUUGCAAGAAGGUAAGCGAUCUUGACAUGUCUUUUAAUUGAAAAACGCUUUUUUAAAAUCAGUAACUAUUACUUAUGAAAGCAGAAGAAUAUAAAUGAUCGUAUUAGAUUCAUAAUUGUUAUAUAUUUGCCGUGACUUAUUUUUUAAACAUGUUUUUCAAUAAAAAGACGCAUCAAGAUUGUUUACCUUAUUUCUAAUGCUAAAAAAAACGAAGUAUAGAUACUAAGACAAAAUGUGUCGCUUAGCUUCAAACUCGGGUAAAUCCAUUCGGCCCUCAGCAAAUCUACCUAUUACCUUUUUUUAACACCAAAAUCGCAUAAUCUGACAGACGGAUUUACCCGACUUUGAAGCGACUCAAAUAUCAGUUGUAUUGGUCCAUUUACUAACUUGCUUUUGUACCCCCAUCCCCCCUCCCCCCUUUUUUUUGUUAGACUGAUGACCAGACAUAGGAAUCCUAUGUCUGCUGAUGGCUUUAUUCUCGAACGAGAUAUAUAGUCUAAGA